AUGCAUGCUGGGGAGUAUGUUGCCCGAAGUCCAAACAAAGUGCGUGAAGCUUUGAAACAGAGGCGCAUACCCACGAAUGAGAAGCGCCAACCGUGUCCGUCGGCUACAGGGCUGACGCACAGCGGCACGCGCGAACAGCGCGAGCCCCUGGACGACUACACCAUUCCAGUCUGUCUGUUUGUUGGUGACUGCUCGAGAUCAUCAAGCGCGGGCUGGUCAUGUCACAAGCCGUUUGGAGCGGCCUGGCUGGCUGCAUUCUUUGCGUCGCCAUCCUCCCAACGUGGCUGCGUCUCCACUCUCCAGUGGACUGCGCUGCCCGAGACGGUGGACCAUGAGGCUGCGAGAAAUGACCGCUGA